AUGUCCGCUUCUGAAUCCUACGCAAAGGAGAUGAAGACUGCAUUUAGGCAGUUUGCUGAUUUCCCCAUAAAGGGAGAACAAUUUGAAGAUUUUCUACCCAUCAUUGGCAACCCCAAGCUAUUCCAGACGUUGAUCGAUAUGUUCAAAGCGCAUUUGGAGGAAAAGUUUGGGGAGGAAAAAAUCGAUUUUAUCGCGGGCAUAGAAGCCAGAGGUCUUCUGUUUGGGCCGUCUCUAGCAUUUGCACUGGGCGUUGGAUUUGUGCCCAUAAGAAGAUCCGGGAAAUUACCGGGUGAGUGUGCUACAAUAACAUUCACAAAAUUGGACCACGAAGAAACCUUUGAAAUGCAAGUAGAGGCCAUUCCCUUUGAUUCUAACGUAGUUAUUGUGGACGACGUUCUUGCUACCGGCGGAUCCGCGUCUGCUGCAGGUGACCUUAUCAAACAAGUGGGUGCUCAUAUUUUGGAAUAUGAUUUCGUACUGACGUUAGAUAGUUUACACGGCGAAGAAAAAUUGUCUGCCCCAAUAUUUUCCAUGAUACACUCCUGA